GGUAUACUAAACAAGUCUUGCACGUCUGGUAUAGUGUAUAGAAGCGAGAUAAGGAAGAACAGACAAACAAACCUGACGCAGCAAGAGAGGCAGGAGUUUCAGUCUUGUGGCCACGUGCUUCGUGAGCACACGCCUCGCACCAGCCGGUCGCCAAUUUACCGCGCAAUUUCGCAUCCACGCGACCUCUCAUUUUCAUAAUCAUCAAUAUAUUCCCCCCUUCCAGGCCCCUCCACCCACCCGUCAAAGUGAUCCAACGGAUAGUUUGAGUGACAGUGACAAUUUCGUCAUCUUGUCAUAGCAGAUCAAUAGCGAUUCAAUUUAUUCGUCAAUUUAUUCAUCAAUUUGUUCAUUCGGUCGAUGGCUAGGCGGGGGGCAUCACCCUCCGGGGGAACGACCAGUGCUCGAAGUCGAGGAGUCGAUCGCUCGAACGAGUGAUAUCUUCGGAUCAAGUAAAUCGCCUUGGAUAAUUCAGAACCGAAUUGUAAAAUGUAGAUAAGCACCAGGUGACAGGACAAUGAUAAUCGCAGUUGCUUGUGGCAUUGGAGAUGGUGGACGGUAGUCCAAGUGACCGAUAACACGGAUGUCCGGAUGGACGUGGGAGAAUCGUCGAAUGCCGCGGGAUUGGCGAGGACAGGACCAGCGGUUUUCGGGCCGGCCUCAGGUAUCCGGGAAUAUGCAGUCGAGACCGUGACAACACCAGAAGGAAACACCACCACAAGCUUGCACGGUAGCACCGGCUGGUGGUCACCAGCUCCAACGAUUGUCACGAGCCACGCAAACACCGACGUGAUGAAUCAGUUAUGCAGAGUGUGCGGUGAGCCAGCAGCAGGUUUCCACUUCGGUGCAUUCACGUGCGAGGGUUGUAAGUCGUUCUUCGGACGGACGUACAACAAUCUCGGCAGCAUAUCAGGCUGCAAGAAUGGUGGUGUGUGCGUCAUCAACAAGAAAAAUCGAACGGCGUGCAAAGCGUGCAGAUUGCGGAAGUGCCUGAUGGUGGGAAUGUCAAAGUCCGGUUCAAGAUACGGCAGAAGAUCCAAUUGGUUCAAGAUUCACUGUCUGCUGCAGGAGCAGUCCCAUCAGGCUCAGCAAGCCCUUCUCAAGAACUCGAGUGAGUCUAAUUCGGACAAAGUCCUGGACGCAGCUAACAACAACAACAGCAAUUCAGCAGCUGCAUCCGGUAUUACUUCAGGAAUCAAUCAGAGCAGAUUGUCCAAGGAGGAGUUGGCAGAUCAUUCACCAAUGCCUCCGAUAAUGCGAUCAGAGCUUCUGCCUCACGGUCUUCUGGUGCCUGAUGCUAGUAGAUUUCCCAUGUGGCGACUUCCGCCGUUCUUUCAUCCAACUCUCAAUCACAUGCAGUUCCUCAGCACCCCUUGCUUUCCAUUUCCACAGAGAUUGGUCGUUCCUUAUGUCAAUCAAGUGGAACCCCAGAUAUCCGUCACCAGUUUGUCCAUUUCAUCGAGUGAGAGCACUUCGCUGCGGUCGACACCGUCACCUAAAGCGGAUCCGGACAAAUCGUGUGAUGAUAAUAUUGCGGACAAAUGCACAGCUUUCUUCCAGAGUUUUGGCCCGGAGCAGGAGGAGCCGAUGGAUCUCAGCAAGAAGACAAGCGAUGCUGAGGACGUCGGGGAUGAUUCCUGUCCGAGUGGUGAGAUUGGUGAUGACGAUCCAACGGAUAGUGAAAGCAAUGAUAGAGUGGUUGAUACCCCUUCCCUGUUGGAUCUCAGUUGGAAGACAUGACAGUGGACAGUCGUUUUUUUAGAAAAACAAGGCUGAUGUACUUGGAGAUCUCCAGGAUAUAGUGAAGUGUGAGAAAAAUCAUCGAGUUAAGCCCAGUUUUUCAAACAAGGACAAUCCCAGAGAAUUAGUUUCGCUAGAUUGUGGUGCCCUUCAGAGGAUUUAGGGCGUUCUUUUUCAAAUCGUUGGAAAGGAUGAGUUGAAUAUGUAUAAUAUGUAAUCACUAAUCCCGCGCUUGCACCAAAUCCAUCACCCCGAUUAAUUCCCAGGUGAAGCUGCAAGCACAAGGUCAGUAAAACGAGAAUUAUCCUCGGUAAAAGAUAUGUAUGUAAAUAUUUAUAGUAUUUCCACAGAAAUAAA